ACAGUUGAUGAAUUAUUAUCGUUCAUUCAUGAAAUUUUCUUUUUGUGUUUUCAAUGUUUUUGUACUAAUUGGAGGACUUUUAUUUUUAUAUGUAAAAAGCAGUUUAAUAUAAAGUAUAUUUGUAAGUAAUAAUUUGAAAUGUAAGCCCAAUAAUUUUCAGUUACAGUAUAAUAUCCAAAACAAUGUUUUUUACUUUUCUGUUAAAUAUGAACUUAGCUAGACUUUUGUGAUUCGCCUUUAUGAUAAACAUUGUUUAAAUUUCUCGUGAAGUGUAUCAAAACAGCUGCAAAUAUGAGUAAUAGUUCUACACAAAUAAUGGAAGAGACUGUGAAUGACUCGACAUCUGAUACAGUUCAGCUAGUAAGCAAUGACGAUCCCAGCACAUCAAACUAUACACAGUUGAACCAUGCAAGUGAUAUUCAGGAAACAGUUGAAGAUGACCUACAAGGAAGUCAUGGUGUUAGACGAAGACAACCAGUACAGAAAAUUGAACCUGGUUCCAUGAACACCCUUUCUGCCAAAUAUGAGAGUUUAGAUUAUGACACAUGUGAAAACCAUUUACUAUUGGAUGAAGAAAGGAAAAGAGGCUAUGCUUUUAUUGUAUGGAAGGAUAUGGCAAGAUGGUUUAUCGUUCUAGUAAUAGGAGUCAUAACAGCACUUAUAGCUUUCACAAUAGACAUAUGCAUAGAGGAAUUUUCGAAAAUCAAAUAUAAACAGCUAAAGAAAUCUGUGGAUAGAUAUGUGGUGUUGGACAAAUUAUACAUACCAUACCUACUGUGGGUGUUAUCUAAUAUCUGUAUAGUCUUCAUUGGAUCUAUGUUAGUGGCAUAUGUUGAGCCAGUAGCAGCCGGUAGUGGUAUUCCCCAAGUAAAAUGUUACUUGAACGGAGUCAAAGUACCGAGGGUUGUGAGGAUCAAAACACUGUUUGUGAAAGCUGUUGGCGUGAUCUCUGCUGUUGUCGGGGGGUUAGCUGGUGGGAAGGAAGGUCCCAUGAUACACAGCGGCGCUGUGGUCGCGGCGGGCAUAUCGCAGGGCAAGAGCACCACUUUCAACAAGGACUUCAAGAUCUUCCAGUACUUUCGCGAAGAUCACGAGAAACGGGACUUCGUGUCGGGAGGCGCGGCCGCUGGCGUGUCAGCAGCUUUUGGUGCACCUAUUGGUGGAGUACUAUUUUCCUUGGAGGAAGGCACGAGUUUCUGGAACCAAGGCCUCACUUGGCGGACGUUCUUUGGGACAGUAGUUUGCACUUUCACACUCAACUUCGCGCUAUCUGCGUACCACGGCCACCCGGGGGAAUUGAGUUAUCCAGGUUUAUUGAAUCUCGGCAAGAUGGAACCCUUUCCAUUCCAGUUCUAUGAGCUACCUGUGUUUAUGCUGUUUGGGAUGAUUGGAGGUCUUAUGGGCGCUCUAUGGAAUUAUAUCAACUACAAAUUGUCCGUAUUUCGUAUAAGGUACAUAAGAACGCCGUGGCUGCGUGUGGUGGAGGCGUGCCUGGUUGCAGCCGUGACCGCUACUUGCGGCUUUCUUAUGAUGUUUGUGUUGGACGACUGUCGGCCGCUCGGGGAAGACCCGACGAAAGUGCCGUUGCAGCUAUUCUGCGCUGACGGCGAAUACAACACAAUGGCGGCGAUCUGGUUCCAAACACCUGAAGCGUCGGUACGCUCGUUCCUACACGACCCCAUGGGGUCUUACAAACCCUUGUCGCUACUGGUGUUUGUGGUCUGCUACUUCCUCCUGUCCACGUGGACCUUCGGCCUGGCGGUGUCCAGUGGACUGUUCAUACCUAACCUGCUCACCGGCGCCGCUUGGGGAAGGUCGCUGGCUAUAUUGAUCCAGUAUAUGCUGCCAUAUAAUAGUAUAAACCCAGCGAAGUACGCGUUAGUCGGCGCUGCGGCUCAACUGGGUGGCGUGGUGCGCAUGACGAUAUCCCUGACCGUCAUCAUCAUUGAGACUACGGGGCAGAUCUCCAACGCUCUCCCCAUCAUCAUUACCCUGGUGAUUGCAAAAUGGACCGGAGACUUCUUCAAUGAGGGUAUAUACGACAUUCACAUCCAACUGGCCGGCGUGCCCCUACUGCCGUGGGAGCCGCCGCCGCUAGCGCACAACAUCUACGCGUCAGAGGUGAUGUCGCAUCCCGUGUUCACCCUGCGCACGGUUGAGAACGUUGGCCAUAUUGUGGAGAUUCUACGCGUGGUGUCCUACAAUGGAUUUCCAGUUGUCGAUCCACCAUUGGCUGAUGAUGUUGAAGUGACCACGUAUAAGCGGCUACGAGGAAUGAUAUUACGAUCCCAGUUGAUAGUGCUGCUACAAAACAAGAUAUACAACGAGAACGCCAACACAACGUGGUCGAACUUCAAUGUGGACAUGAACAUGUUCAGGAAGGAAUAUCCCAGAUACCCUUCCAUAGGAGAGUUGGAAAUCUCAGACUGGGAAAAGACGUGCACGAUAGAUCUGCGACCGUUCAUAAACCCGUCGCCUUACACUCUGCCGCACCGCGCGUCGCUGCCGAGGCUGUUCCGCUUGUUCCGCGCGCUCGGCCUGCGACACCUGCCCAUCGUCAAUGACCACAACGAGGUUGUUGGGAUGGUGACUCGCAAGGACAUUGCAAGAUACAGAGUUUGGAGACAUAGAGGCCAUAUGGGUAUGGAGGAACUACUCCUAUCUAGUGAAAUUUAGAAUAAUUUAAAUUGUCUUGAAAACAUGACUCUUGACUGGACCGUUAUCUUGUCGCAUUCACAGACAUCAACAGGUGGUUCUGUAGAUGAAGGACCAAGAUGGCUAACUAAUCAUCUAAUGGAAUUUGUUAAGGAAUUGCAGUCUAUACAAGGAAAUACAAGCUUAAUUUACUAAAAUCCGCCAAAACAGACAAAUCUGUAUGGUACGACGUGCAGCAUGCGAUACAAAUCGCCCGCCCUUCCACUACUAAAUAAGCAAGAAAAGCAAGUAAUACACCACUAAAACAAACACAAUACAAAUCUUCUAGAACACACACAAUGUAUGUUUCACUCCAACACUGGAGCAUCCUCAACAGAUAAAAUCCUACAUUUCCUGAUGCUCUGAUGUCGGAUUAUAGCAAGCUAUAUAAGCUUAUAGUUCCUUAUAUAUCAUGGAAUUCCGUAUAGAAACAUCAACAUUAGAAAUCUCAGUGCUUGGAUUUAUAACCAGUCAGAUGAAUAACAAAUUAAUAGGGCUAUCUUGUCCACCUUCCAAUUUUCUAUAUUGACAUUUAUCUGUGUGACAAGACAAGGGUUUAUGGGCCUAGCAUUUAAUCACCAAGAAAUAUUUCACAUCUGUCUUUGUAUAUUUAUAUUUGUUUUUCAGUUUUGGCUUAUUAAAAUCUAUGAAAUUGGAUGCACAGGUGCGCUUAAUAUUUAUGUGGUGGUUGUGCUAGGUCUUUUGAUAUUAUUAUAAGUGAUAUUUUUUUAUUUAAUGUAUAUAAUUAAAGAAGUUCCUUUAUAAAAUGUACAUAAUUUGAUAUUUUACUUUUUAUUGAUUAGCUUAAAAUGUUUAUCAAGUAAGCAAUUAAGUAACUACAUCUCUAAAAGAAAUUAAAAAUUAAACCAAAGUUAUUGUAUUUGUUUAAACAUUUAUUAAAGUAUAUUUACAAUAAUAAAGAUAAUCUAUCAAAAUGUUUUAUAAAAAUAAAGAUAAGUAUUAAUUCGUUUUUGUUUUAUUAAGAAUUAAAUCCAUUUUACUGUUUAUUAUUUAUGUACAUUUUAAGGCUAAACAAGCAAAUUUCAUAUUUGCCAGUCUAUUAAUGGGUUUGUGCUUAGUAUGUAAACCAUAAUGUAAACAGAUCCUUCAAUGAAUUGAUAAUAAUAUUAUGUGUAAACCUUGUAGGCUUGCAGUGGUCAAUGUUCUGUUUAGUUGUUUACAAAUAACUCCCAUCCAAUACCUGCCCAUAAGUUUAUGAACAGAAUUACGGGGAGGAUCACCAAGAUGAUCAGAAUGUAAUUUACGAAUUCAUCCAUGAGAAUAUUAUUUCCUUUAAGCUUGAAGUAAGUGAUUUUCGUUAGACUUCGUUGUUUCAAGGUAUCCACCAUGUAGGACACCUUGUUCAAAAGCUGACUAGCCUAGACCAAUGUGCUGUUAAAAUAAUAAAAUUGUUUAUUAGAGUCCCUACUUGAAUUAUGACAUAAUUAUUUGAUCUAUGCCCUUUGCAGAGAAAUGAUAAUUUUCAAUUUCAGGCUUGAAACUUGAAACUAUUUUCCACUAAUAAGAAAAAUUACCAAUUUUUGCAAACAAUCGGCAAUCCGAAUUCCGUAUCACAAAUAAGCAAAUAACACCGAAGUAAAGUCCAAAUCCGUCAAUCAGCAGCAAG